AUGGAGCAAUCACUAUCGAAGAAGAAGGAGAAGCAAGAAAAAGUUAAGGAUAAGAAGCCAGAGAAGGUGAAAGAUAGAUCUAAGAGCUCAUCAAUAGGCUACGAUGCUUGCGCCAAGGAGAUACAACGACUUAAUAGGAAAUUAGAGAUCUGUGAAGGAACCGGUGAUGUCAUUGACCCCGAAGACCUAAAGAAGAAUGUGAAGAAUGUUAUGACCCAGAAUGAUAGACAUACUAAGGCUGCACAAAAGAAGAAGAAAAGUAGUUUAGAUUCUUUUGAUAAGGGUGAUGAUAUUGAUUACUUCGAUUAUGACGAUGACCCCGAAGACCUAAAGAAGAAUGUGAAGAAUGUUAUGACCCAGAAUGAUAGGCAUACUAAGGCUGCACAAAAGAAGAAGAAAAGUAGUUUGGAUUCUUUUGAUAAGGGUGAUGAUAUUGAUUGCUUCGAUUAUGACGAUGUAACCAAUAUUGGAAAGGAAGCUUCUCAUAUUGUGGAGGAGGUUGUGCAAAUGGAGAAGGAAAUAGAUAAAGUAGAAGAGAAAAAACAAGAAGUUGUGCAAGAAGAGAAGGAAGUAGAGCAAGAAGAAGGGCAAGAAGUGGAUGUUGAGAAUGUGAAAAAAGAGAAAUAG